CUCCUCCUUUCGUUGAGUCCGCAACAUCCUGACUGCCAGAGGCUGGUGAUCAGAGGCAGCGGCAAAGCCCCCGCAAGACGAAUGAAAUGAAAUCUGCUUUUGCCGCCACCUGCUUUCCCCCAAUUUCUUUGGUCUAUUGAAGAACUGGCUGUAAACACUGCUGCCCUCAUCCUGACAGUGUAAAGCGGAUAUAAGGCUUCAAGUGUACAGAUUCACCAUGGGGAUCAAGACUGCCCUCCCUAGAUAUGAGCUGUAUCUCUACACAGCUGUACUUGCUGUGGCCUUGAUAUGGGCAGGCAGUUGGAUAUUUGAAGCUUCAAGUGAGAAUGCAAACAGAAAGUCCUUCAAAGAAAGCGUCAAACCAGGAUGGCAUUAUUUUGGCAGGAAAAUGGAUGCUGCGGACUUCGAAUGGGUGAUGUGGUUCACGACAUUCCGCAAUCAUAUCCUUUUUGCUCUCGUUGGUCAUGUGAUCUUUGCCAAGAUAUUUUCCCUGGUGGCUCCAAAGCACAGAUCCUUGGUCUUUGGGGUGUAUGGAGGUUUGGCAGUCCUGGUAACGAUGGGCUGGACUUUCUUGGCUCUGGUUCUGUCUCAUUGCAUCAUACUAUACAGCGUGGCUAUAUUCAAAAGUAAAUGGAUGUGCUUCGCUGCAGGCUUGUGUACGCUGGCCUCCAUCAAGCUGGAGCCCUUUAACUCCUGGCAGGAAGCCUUGGUAACUGGUUCCUUCAACCUCCAAGAUAUCCUGUUCUAUGGAGGUUGUGGCUUCAGCAUCAUGCGCUGUAUGAGUUUUGCUUUAGAGAACUGCGAGAAGAAGGAAGGCAACUACACGUUCUCAGACCUGGUGAAAUACAACUUCUACCUCCCAUUCUUCUUCUUUGGACCGAUAAUGACAUUCGACCGGUUUCAUGCCCAGGCAAACAACACUCAGCUGAUCCGUAAAGAGAGGGAGAUGUGGAACAUCACCACCAAGGCCUUGCUGCACCUGGGAGGUAUUCUCGUGGUGGAUGUCUUCUUCCACUACCUUUACAUUCUGACGAUACCCAGUGACAUGAAGCUGGUCGCUAAGCUAUCUGACUGGUCUCUGGCUGGACUGGCUUAUUCCAACUUGGUGUAUGACUGGGUGAAAUCGGCUGUAAUGUUCGGCGUCAUCAACACCGUGGCAAUGCUGGAUCACCUGGACCCUCCUCAGCCUCCCAAGUGUAUCACCAUGCUUUACGUCUUCGCUGAGACGCACUUUGACAGAGGCAUCAAUGACUGGCUGUGCAAGUAUGUUUACGACUACAUUGGUGGAAAUCACGAUCAAAUCUUCAAAGAACUUCUUGCAACCGUCUGCACUUUUGGCAUCACCACCCUGUGGCUGGGCCCAUGUGAACUGGUUUAUAUCUGGUCCUUUUUCAACUGCUUUGGUCUCAACUUUGAGCUGUGGGUGGCCAAGUUCUUCUCCCUUCCACCACUUUCUACCAUAGAGAGUGCCAUGGGUGAAGCCAUGUCACGCAGGAUCCGCGGUUUGUUCAAUGCGGCCAACUUCUGGGCUAUCGUCCUCUACAACGUUCUCUCCCUGAACAGUUUGGAGUUUGCCAAAAUGGUGGGAAGGAGACUGAUUUUUAAAGGUUUUCCUCUGUCAACCCUCUCUGUGUUACUCGUGACCUACUGUGGUGUGCAGCUGGUGAAGGAACGAGAGAGACAACAAGCCUUGCUGGAAGAUCCGGAGCCAGCAAAGCCAGUGGAUGGUGGCAAAGAAAAAGCAGAAUAACCUGGCAGAGAAACAGUUUCACAGACUUAAUGGUCAAUGGGCGCUCACGUGGUUCCAUCCUCGGCCUUGCAAGCUGUAACAGAACCAUGCUGGUUAACAGCCAUUCAGCACCUAUAUUGUUCACAAGCCGGUGUUUUUGCUUUUGUUUGUCGGAAGCGAGGCAAUGAUUCGAACUGUGAAAAAUCCGCAAGUGCACUUGCUGUUGAUAAUCACCACGUACUUUGGCACAAACCCACCAAGAGUGCAUUUAGUAUUUGUAUCGAUCUGGACUAAAGAUUGUUUAAAAUACUGCAAGAAAAAAAAAAUGAACUAAAACUAUGUUUAAAAGUACUUAAGGACAUAUAGUAUUGUAAAGGAAGAAUUACUUUUGGUCUGUGUCCGUUGUGAUUGUAAUAACCCCAAAUUAAAGAUUUUUAAUUUGGGGUUAUUACAAUCACAAAGGACAAGACUGGGGAACAGAAAAGAAAACAAAGAAAGAGAAGUUGGGAAGAACUACUUUUGGUCUGUGUGGUUCUGUUCGCCUUCACUUUUAUUUCUUCUUCCUUUUUUAUCACCAUCUUUGUUUUUUAUUUCAUUGAGAUGGUUGAGAUCCAAUCUUAUUGAUCUGUAAUCAAGCUAAAAGGGUAAAACUUGAAGAAAACUUGAAAUCAGGGUGUCAUAAAUGGAGUGCAAUAAAGAAAAUAAAAAGGGUGCUAUGGAGGUCCUCCACAUAUCUUGCAGCUGAUUGUAAUGUACAGUAUAAUUGUUUUACUCUUACUAAGAAAAAUAUAUAUGAAGGUAAAGCACUGGUAUUUUAGUUUGAAUGUAUCAGAUCUCCUGUGAUACUGAGUACUGAAUGUAGCUAAGUCACUGGAAACCAUUCAAAGAAUGACUGCCUUACUCUACUACUGUCCACAGGAGAUUACUGUAGGUGUGGCAUUUUGGUCCAUCUCUCCUUGGCCCUCACUCACAUAAUAAAGACCCCCACUUGAAAGGCCAGAAGCCCAGCAGGGGACAUGGGUCAGUGUUAUGCUGCCUGUCAACAAAACCUGCUGUGUGUCUUCAGUGCAGCAGUCAGAGAGAGUGAGAGAAAAAAAAAAAAAACUCAAUGCAAUGCUUUUUCCCACUUUCGGGUAUUCGUUAAAGGUGUUCAUUUCAAAUGUUUGACUUGUAAUAAAGUCGUGUUUUGUCCAGAAAGG